AUGGCGCGGUACCAAGGAUGCCGCCAAGAACUCGGCUCCACGAACAGCAAGGCGGGGCCCAUCAUGGCGGUGGCGUCGGAGCAGGCCGCGCCGGCCGCCAGGUACCCCAAGGUGGCUGCCCCUACCACCGGCCCGAUCCCCGCCGCCGAGUUGCUCGGAGUCAUCGAGGCCGCCGCAAAAGCUGGCGCCGAUGUUAUAAUGGAAGCUGUUAAUAAGCCACGCAAUAUCCAAUAUAAAGGUGUUGCAGACCUGGUGACAGACACAGACAAGUUGAGUGAAUCAGUCAUUUUGGAAGUUGUCACCAAGAACUUCAAAGACCACCUCAUACUUGGGGAGGAAGGCGGCCUUAUUGGAGAUUUCCAGUCAGAGUAUCUCUGGUGCAUUGACCCUUUAGAUGGAACAACGAACUUUGCACAUGGUUACCCCAGCUUUUCUGUGUCCAUUGGUGUUCUCUUCCGCGGAAAGCCUGCUGCUUCCAUUGUUGUGGAAUUUUGUGGUGGGCCUAUGUGCUGGAGCACCCGUACAAUUUCUGCAUCUGCUGGAGGAGGAGCUUAUUGUAAUGGGCAAAAGAUUCAUGUCAGUCAGACAGACAAGGUGGAACAAUCUCUUCUCGUCACAGGUUUUAGAUAUGAACAUCAUGAUGCCUGGACGACCAAUAUAAAUUUGUUCAAGGAAUUUACUGACAUUAGCAGGGGAGUGCGAAGGCUAGGGUCUACUGCUGCUGACAUGUCCCAUGUUGGACUUGGUAUUACAGAAGCUUACUGGGAAUACCGACUUAAGCCAUGGGAUGUGGCUGCUGGCGUCCUGUUACAGGGAUUGCCUCUAAGAUGGCUAAGUGUUGAGGCUCAUACAUAUUACCCGAUUGCAAGGCCGAGAUGGAAAUUAUGUGCCUGCAGAAACGUCUUGCAAGAAACUUCCUUGCAUGAUGCAGAAGUAAAUUCCUACCACCGUAGUGAGAGGAAGAACAGGAAAAGGGACGGUGCUUACAUUGACAAAGAUGGCGUGGCAAGAACCUUCGAUCUUAAGAAAAUAUCUAGAAAGAGGGGGGGUGCUAUAAAAGGCCGUGGGUGGAAGUACGGCUCUGGGUUUAUUGAUGGAGUGUUCCCAGUGUUGAGUCCAAUGGCGCAGGAUAUCCUAGAAUUUGUGCAGAAGGGGACUGACGUCACCAAUAUCUGGGAAUCACUGGACAACAUUCCUCGAGCACACGAUCUUUGGGAUGACAUUGUCAAUGUUGCAGUCCAGCUCCGCCUGAACCGACAAUGGGAGCCGAUCAUCACAGUUUUGAUGUUUGAUUUGUCAAGAGUGCCUAUAGGUCUGAUGAAAGAAAAAAAAAAUCAUACCAAGAACUCCCUUGCAGCUGCAACUGUGUAUAACGCAUACCUGGAUGGUCUACUGAAAGCAAGAUGUUCCGAAAAGGCGGUUGAAGUGUAUCAAAGGAUGAAGAAGGAGCGCUGCAGAUCUAACACCGAGACGUACACCCUGAUGAUCAACGUAUAUGGGAAGAUGUCUGUCAGUGUCAGCAUUCUGAGACAAUCAAUGGCCGUCGUCAUGCUCAUCCUUUCGCAGGCAAAGCAACCAAUGUCAUCGCUGAAAGUGUUCAAUGAGAUGAAAACGAUUGGGUGCAAGUCCAACAUCUGCACCUACACCGCGCUGCUUGCUGAUGUUUCUGCUACAACCAUGAAGUCGCACAUGCUGCUCCUGUCCGCGCACGCCAAGUCCGGCAACGUGGCGAGGUGCGAGGAGGUGAUGGCGCAGCUGCACAAGUCGGGGCUGCGCCCGGACACCUUCGCGCUCAACGCCAUGCUCAACGCGUACGGCCGGGCCGGGCGGCUCGACGACAUGGAGCGCCUCCUCGCGGCCAUGGAGCGCGACGACGACGAGGCUGGCGGCGGUGCCACACCGGACACCAGCACGUACAAUGUGCUGGUGAACGUGUACGGGCGCGCGGGGUACCUGGACCGGAUGGAGGCGGCGUUCCGCUCCCUGGCGGCCCGGGGGCUCGCCGCCGACGUGGUGACGUGGACGUCCCGCAUCGGAGCGUACGCGAGGAAGAAGGAGUACGGGCGGUGCCUGGAGAUCUUCGAGGAGAUGGUGGACGCCAGGUGCUACCCGGACGCCGGCACGGCCAAGGUGCGAGCGGUGCUGCUCGCCGCGUGCUCCGACGAGCGCCAGGUGGAGCAGGUCACGGCCAUCGUCAGGUCCAUGCACAAGGACGCCAAGACGCUCUUCGCAUUAUGA